GCUGGCGGUGGGAGGUAGGGGUGGCAGCGGUGUUGGCUGCGGGACACCUCCGCCCGCCGCCGCCGCCAUGAAGUCGCCUCAGGCCCAGCGGCCGGCGGGUCAAGCGCUGGGGGGGGACGGCGGCGGGGGCUUGGCGGAGGCGCUGGGGGAGUUCGACGAGGUGCUGGCGGAGUUCUCCCGCCCCGCCGGCCGGCGCCGCUUCCACUACGGAGAGCACCUGGAGCGCAUGAAGCGGCGGAGCAGCGCCAGCGACGGCAGCGGCCUCAGCGAUGCCGAGAGUGCAGACUCACUCUACAGAAAUAGUUUCAGCCUCAGUGAUGAAAAGCUUAACUCUCCAACUGCAUCUACUCCAAGCUUGCCAUCUCCAUCUGUAACCCCAUGUAAAGCAAAGCUUGGAGACACAAAAGAACUGGAAGACUUCAUUGCUGACCUUGACAGGACACUAGCAAGUAUGUAAAAUGAAUCUUUGGCAUUGUGCUUUUCUAUGAGUGUCCUCUGAAGGAUAAGUGACAUCAGUCACUGAGAGCUGCUGCCCCUGUCUGAUAUCCAUCUUCUGAACAUAACCUUUGUAAAUAACUGGCAACAUCAGUUCUGUUAUUUUGCAGCAGAUGGAAUAAGAUAACUUAAGUGUUACAGCUGUAUUUUGCUUUUAAAUAUAGCUUGAAUUUUAAUUUAAAGUUGCUUUUAUGAAAGUAUAUUUGUAAUUUUAUAUAGUUGAGAACUUCUAAUGCUUUUUUUCCAUUAUAAUAUAUUUUUGUAUGCAAAUAAACCCUGAACUGGAAUCCAGAUGUCUAAAAGCUUCAUAUGAAUAUGUGAACCCUGAAACCCAAGUGCAAAUUAUGCUUUUAUUGAAAAUAUUAACAUCAAGCCUGAAAAUAUCUGACAGGGUAUUUCCUGUAAAGCAAAAUGUGUUAUCCUGGCUUUCAUGUGGAACUUCAUAUUCUUUUUUUUCAAAUUGCUAAAAUAAGAGAAUUUUGUACUGUGUAAAAUUAAUACCAUCAGGAAAAUAAUAAAAUCAGUCAAACUGU